AUGAGUGCAAACACCAAGACCAUCUUGAUUCUCGGAGGCUCCUAUGGUGGUGUAGCAAUAGCGCACUACAUCCUCAAACACGUUAUUCCUUCUCUGCCAAACAAAGACGAUUACCGUGUUGGUCUCGUUAGCAGCUCCUCCCAUUUCUUUUGUCGACCAACAUGUCCGCGUGUUCUUCCUUCAGAAAACGCACUUCCGAAAGACAAGCUUUUUGUGCCCUUGACGAAGGCCUUUGAGCAGUAUACAAACCCUGCCGUAACAUUGUAUCACGGUACUGUGGUUAAGCUGGAUCAUUCUGCCUGCACAGCCUCGAUUCUUUCAUUUCCUGAUACCGUGGAGACCAACAUUGGCUAUUACGCUCUCACCGUUGCUACAGGAGCAACAGCAGCAUCCCCUUUACUGGGCCUCUUCGGUGAUCAUCAUGAAACAGAAAAGGCAUGGACUUCAUUUCGGAAGCUUCUCCACCGCGAAAAAUCUGUCGAGGAAGUGACUUCGAUUGAAACUGGUUAUGAGCUUGCUGGAACUUAUGCGUCAGACCAAACUCUGGAGCGAGUCGCCGAUGCAGUGACCAUUCGCUUGGAUAAUGGACAGACUCUCCAUGCAGAUCUUUACAUCCCCGCAAUCGGUGUUUUGCCAAACACCAACUUUCUGGAUCGAGAUUUGCUUGACAAGGAUGGAUACGUCAAGGUUGACUCUUCAUCGCUGCGCGUGGAAAAUGCUGGGCCUAGGGUCUAUGCACUUGGCCAUGUGUGCUCGUCGAAGCCACAGGCAAUCCACGCCAUCAUGGGUCAAGCCCCGGUGAUCGGAGAGAACUUGAAGCAAGAUCUACUGGCUGCUGAUAGAGGCGAUGUAGCGGACAAGAUUAUUUACCGUGCAUAUAAGCCAGACGCGCGAGUGAGUCAGCUUGUGGUCAUUGGGAAAAAGGGGGUUGGACUCGCUUUCGGUUGGAAAAUAUCAAGCUUCUUGGUCUGGUUAAUUAAAGGCAGAGAUUACUGGCUUGGUAUGACACCGCCCAUGUGGAAUGGAAAACAGUUUGCGAAGCCUAUCUGA